UGGCUUAAUGACGAUGCAUCUGUGUCAUCACUCCCGUUUGCUAUGGAGAAAUCUCUGUUUCCCUCGGAGAAUUGGAAAUUUAUGCAAUAGAAACGCCUCUAUUAUCUCUCCUUCCCUUGCACGCGUCGCGAAGUCCAAUGUUGAUACUCACGUAUGUGGAGUUCAGUGUUAUUGCAGUUCCACCUCUAAUUUGGACACAGCUGUUUCUGAGUUCUCCAAUAAGGUGGCUAGUGGCAGUAUAUCGACUUCUUCCGAAAGUGAACAUGUUGUUCCGGAUUCUAUAAAAUUUCCCUUCAAAUCAGAAGAAAGAACAGCAAUUAGUAGUAGUGCUACUUCCUCAAAUGGCAGAGUGAUGCUUAUUGAUGGGACAUCCAUUAUGUACAGGGCUUACUAUAAGCUUUUAGCGAGGUUGAAUCAUGGUCAUCUGACUCAUGCUGAUGGAAACGCUGACUGGGUUUUAACAAUAUUUUCAGCUCUUUCUCUUAUAAUUGAUGUUCUGAAGUUUCUCCCAUCCCAUGUGGCGGUGGUGUUCGACCAUGAUGGAGUUGCUUAUGGCAGUACUUCUAAUUCAUCAAAUGGCUAUCAUUCUGCAAAAGGCAUGAACUUCCGUCAUACUCUCUACCCUGCCUAUAAAAGGAAUCGUCCUCCCACACCUGAUACCAUAGUACAAGGACUUCAAUAUCUCAAAGCGUCCAUCAAAGCAAUGUCUAUAAAGGUUAUAGAGGUGCCAGGUGUAGAAGCUGAUGAUGUUAUUGGAACACUGGCUAUGCGAAGCAUUGGUGCCGGUUUCAAAGUACGAGUCGUCUCUCCGGACAAAGAUUUCUUUCAGAUUCUAUCUCCCUCGCUGCGUCUUCUUCGGAUAGCAUCACGUGGAUCAGAGAUGGUUUCCUUUGGAGUAGAAGAUUUUGCUAAGAAAUUUGGAAAUUUGAAGCCAGAACAGUUUGUUGAUAUCAUCUCCCUUGCUGGAGACAAGUCUGAUAAUAUUCCAGGAGUUGAUGGAAUUGGGAACGUGCAUGCAGUGGAACUGAUAUCUAGAUUUGGCACAUUGGAGAAUCUGUUGCAGUCUGUUGAUGAAAUAAAGGAAGGAAGAUUAAAAGAGAACCUAAUAGCUAACGCGGAUCAAGCCAUGCUAAGCAAGAAGUUGGCACUGUUACGGACUGAUCUACCCGAUUACAUAGUCCCUUUUGAAACGAGAGAUCUUACUUUUAAGAAACCAGAGGACGAUGGGGAGAAAUGGAGGAGUUUACUAGUCGCGAUUGGGGCAUACGCAGAAGGAUUUUCAGCUGAUCCAGUAAUCAGAAAAACUUUAAAGUUGUGGGAGAGCCUUGAAGCAAUGUCA